AUGGCCGAUGCCAGUGUUGUCUGCAGACAGCUGGGUUGCAUUUCCGCUCUUUUGGCCACUGGAGGGGCCAGUUUUGGCCAGAUUGAAGGUGAUAUAUGGCUGAAUGGAGUGAAGUGCACCGGAGAAGAAUCAUUUCUGUCCGACUGUCCUGCAUCAGCGUCAGUUCAACCCGACUGUAAUCACAAGGAAGAUGCCAGUGUGAUUUGUUCGGGGUCCUACUUGGCGUCGACGACUUCUCUGUCCACAGCUGCAGGACAUGAUGUAAAAACUACUUCCACCUCCAUUGUGAUCUGUAUAACACUCGGAGUCCUAUUGAUGGUCGAGUUAAUGGCACUCACGUCAUUGAUACACAGAAAGGCAAAGAGAAAAGGGGCUGUCACUGGCGGCAGGGAAUCGUCCAGCGGUUUCUACCAAGCCCUUUAUGAAGAAAUUGAGGAUAUUCUGCCUCGCAUGGAUUCCGCUCUGACCCAUGGACCAGCUCUAGGCGAUUAUGAAGAUGCCCAGACUGUAGCCACUGAUUCUCAGGGUGGUCACUUGCUGUUGGACGGUGGUCAAGAUGAUCUUUUCAAAAUGGAACGUGCCGGCGUUGAUCUCUGA